AUGCAGUUACCAUCUUCCAGCUCACUGCAGAAACUUAUCUUCUGGGAGUGUGAGGGCGUGGUUCUUGUGCCUGUAGAGAAUGGAGGAGGAAUUCAGGAGAACAACUCAUUGCUCCAAUCAUUAUCAAUAUUCGAUUGUCGCAAACUCUUCUCUCGGUGGCCCAUGGGAAUGGGAGAAUCAGAGACCAUUUGCCCUUUCCCUGCUUCCUUGAGGGACCUUUAUGUUUGGAAAGAGCCAAGCAUGAAGUCAAUGGGUCUGCUCUCAAACCUCACGUCUCUCACCAGUCUAAGCCUAGAGAGCUGCAGUAAUUUAAUAUUGGACGGAUUCAAUCCUCUCAUCGCAGUCAACCUCGUACAACUGGCAGUGAGUAGGUGCAACACCUUAGCAGCAGAUCUGCUCUCAGAGGUGGCCUCUCAGAGGGCCAAAUUAUUUCCUGCAGGUUACAUCUCUAGAUUGGAGGUACUCAGGGUGGAUGACAUUUGUGGAUUGCUCGUUGCUCCUAUUUGCAACCUCCUCGCCCCGGCCCUCCACACACUUGAUUUCUCGUGUGAUGAGAGGAUGGAAAGCUUGACGGAAGAGCAAGAGAAAGUGCUGCAGCUCCUCACCUCCCUCCAGAACCUAAGUUUUUUCUGGUGUGAGGGUCUGCAGUCCCUUCCUCAAGGGUUACAUCGCCUUUCUUCUCUCAAGGUGUUACGUGUCGUUAGGUGUGAAAAUAUCCGAUCGAUGCCCAAGGAGGGUCUCCCGGUUUCGCUGAGAAAACUAGCGAUGGAUGGUCGGAGUGCUGAGAUAGACGAGCAAAUUGAGAUAAUCAAAAGAACAAACCCAGAUUUAUCCGUCUCGAAUUAUUGA